UGGGAACAUUCCUAAUAUAGUCUUGGGACACGAAAUGCGAUAUAUGAUACAUUAAUCGAUUCUUCUUGACGAGUAGAUAAUGAAAUUCUAAAACUUUUUUUGGAAAAAUAUAUUUUUUUCUGUAAGAAACAAAAAAUUAAAAAGUUAACCUAUAUGUUCAUACGUAGUCAUAAAGAAUCAGAUAACAUUCUCUGUGUUGGAAGAGAUUUGCUUUUGCUGGACUUACUCAGUUUUUUAAUGAAUUUCUCAUUAUGAGGAUUCAUGAAAUAUCAUCUCGAGUUCUGAUCCAACUUUCCUGACUUCUUUAAUCAAAUGGCAAUUAUUAGAUAAAACAAAAAAUUUUCUCGCCAUUUAACACGAUGUCAGGUCAGAGUGGAGGGUAUCGUUUACGGUUAUCUAAACUCAACGAUCAGCUGACAUGUAAAUUAUGCGGUGGAUAUUUCAUUGAUGCAACUACCAUUAUAGAGUGUUUACAUUCGUUUUGCAGGAGCUGUAUCGUCAAGUAUCUGGAGAACAAUAAAUAUUGUCCAAUAUGUGAGGUACAAGUGCAUAAAAGUAAACCAUUACUCAAUAUUCGUCCAGACCAUACUUUGCAAGACAUUGUAUAUAAAUUGGUACCUGGAUGUUACCAAAAUGAAAUGAGAUGUAGAAGAGAAUUUUAUUCGAAACAUCCUGAAGCAUGUACUCAAGCAACAUCUCCAGAGGCAAGAGGAGAACCAAUUGAAUCACAUAUAUAUUCUCCAGAUGAAUCUCUUAGUUUAUCAUUAGAAUACUUUAGUCCUUCCAAGGAUGUUAAAGGAAUAGCUGUAAAACCUUUGUUAAGGCGGUAUUUACGUUGUCCUGCUGCAGUAACUAUUUUUCAUUUACAAAAACUUAUACGAGCUAAGUAUGGCUUAACUGAUGCACAUCGAGUGGAUAUUAUGUAUAAAGAGGAACCAUUAUGUAGUAAUUAUACAUUAAUGGAUGUGAUGUAUAUUUAUCAUUGGAGGCGAAAAGUGCCAUUGCAUUUAAGUUACAGAAUAUUUGAAUCUUCUCCAAAACGAAUAAAACUUUCAGAAGACAAUGUCAAUUACAAAACUUCUUUAUUCCAUGCUGGAAUCGAUUCUAUUGAAUCAAAAGAAGAAAAAUCAACAAAAAGAGAAUGGAAAGAAGUACAGUUAAAAAUUUCUGAAACUGGUAUAAUGAGUAUUACAGAUAUAACGGACCAACAAUUUAAAAAGAAUACAAGAGUUGAAGAACCUAUUACUAGUGUUGAAAUAAAUACAUCAAUAAUUGAAGAAAAUGGUGAUAGAAAUAAAAUAUCUGAAGUCAGUAAAGAAAAUAAACACUCUUCAGAUAACCAAGUUAUUAAUGAAUCUGAUAUUUCUUUCAAAUUAAAUGAAUUUGAUGACCAAAACAGUUUUAAUCAAAUAGAAUCUAUAAAAACGUCGACAAAAGAAAUAGAAAAUAUGAUAAAUUCUAAACAUGAAGAAGAAUCGAAAAAUCAAUCGAAUAAUAAUAAUAUCGAAGAUCAAAUAAUUUUGCAAAAAAAUCAUUUGCAAGAAACGACACAAUAUAUAAAUGAACAUGAAAUUAAAAACAAUAAUAUUGAAAAUAAAGAUCAAAAAGAAUCAUCAAAAAAUAAUAAUAAUAUUCUUACAGAAAAAGUAGAAACUUCUAAGCAAAAUUCAAGAAAUGAAGUAAAAUUUGUAAAUACGGGAUCAAAAAUCAAUGCUUUAAGUGUAAAAUUGCAAUUUCAACCGAAAAGUGGACAAAUUAGCAGUAGUAAUGCUUCUUCAAAGAAAAUUACAAAAGAUAAAAAAAUUAUAUCACAAUUGUCUAAAAAGGCAGACAUAAAAAUUACUGAAAACUUAAAAACUACAGAAUUAAAAAAUUUUGAUAUUUCAAAAGAACAAGUUAUAACAAAUAAUUGUGAAGUUACAAUAAAUAAAUCGUUAGUUCCAUAUUGUACUAAAAUCAUAUCACAAAAACCAGUAUCUGAAUUACAGGAUAGUGUAGAACCUAUUUUAUCAACUUGUUUAAAUACCUCAAUUAAUUCUGAAAUAAAAGAAAUGGAAACAAAUGUAAAAAAUGUGCAAUCAAUUGAUCAGAAGGAAGAACAUUCUCAAGGAGAAAAUACUUUAGAAAAAAAACCAAGUAUAUCAGAUCAAAAUUUAACUGAAUCUUGUCAAAAAACAAAUGAACAAACAAAUACUCUUUCUCAAAAAUCACCAUAUACCCAGAUUGAACCAUUACCAAAUAAUAAUACCGCAUCUUUAAAUCUUUCAACAUCUCUAUCUAUAUCUGCUGGCAAUGGAGUUAAUUCAGUUUCUACAUCAACGAUAAGUCAAUCUCCAUCUACAUUUCCUUAUACAGUUCAGGAUUUAGUAAAUAGUACAAUGUUAAAACAUUCUUUCAAAAGUUUAACGACAUCAACAACUCAAAAAUUAUCUGCUACAGUUUCUACAAAUGAAAUAUCUACAUCUUCAGUAUCUACAUCAGAAAGUCCUUCAACAUUUGCUGUACCUUCUAUGAACGUUUCUUCUGCUUUAAAAAAUAAUUAUCCAAGUACAAGUACAAGUACUUCAAAAGAAUCCAUUACAAAAGCAAAUUUAGAAAUAUCUAAUACAUAUUCAGUGCCUCCUUGCCCUGAUGCUAUUCCAAUUUCUUUAAUGAAACCAACAAUACGUAAAAAUGAAUUAAUUACGAAAGGUUCUAAUUUAAAUGAAAUUUGUGCAAAAAUUGGAGCUUCAGGUUCAAAAAUUAAUGAUAUUUGUGCUAAAAUUGGAGAAAAUUCUAAAGAAAAAAACAAAACAGAAGCAAAAAGUAAAUCUGAUAUUCCAGAUUUAUUAAAAAUUGGUAGAAAAAAUGGUUCACCCGCAAUUACUAUUGAUUCUACUAAUAAGCAUCAGCAACAUACAAAUAUUCCAAAUGUACCCAUUUAUUCACCUAGUAGCAAUGCAAUCACAACAGAAAAUAAAAAUAUUUAUUCAAAUGUAAAAGAUAGUGUUAGAGCUACUUCAUCAGUAACUACUUCUUUAAUAGUAACAUCGCAUUCUUUACAAAAAGUUCUUUCUGUCUCAAAAAAGCAAAGUCAAGCAAUGGGUUAUAAGACUCUUCGUGAUCCUCCAAGAUGCUGGAAUCCUACACUUUCCAAAAACAAUUAUGUAGCAGUUAAAAAUCAAAGUAAAGAAACGCAAAAUCAAUUACAUCAAACUGUACUUUUUGAAAGAAGUAAAACAAUUCAAUCUAAACCUGCUAAGAUUUUUAAAAGAAACAUGUUAAGAUAUUUAGGCAAUCCUGCUUCUGGAGUGAAACCAAUAUAUGGUAUUGGUAAUGAAUGUAAAGAAAAAGAACAAUCAACAAUGACAUCAACAACAACUACAAAUACAUCUAGUAAUUCCAAAAAUGGAAAUUUGAGUAUGAUGAAGAUAGAUCCUAAAACUUUAUCUCCAAUUGUUUCAACAGUUAAUUCACCUAUUGUUUCACCACCUCCAUAUUCUCCUAGUGCAAGGAAUUAUUCAAAUCCUCCAUUCUCAAGAGAUAUUUGUAGAAGUACUGGUUCAUCAAUAUCUCCUAAAAAUUCUCCAGUAAAUAUGCUUUCUACGAGUCCUUUUAUACCCUCUCCAACACCAAAUAUGAAUCCCGGAUUAAUUUAUCCUCAUUUUCCACCACCAUUCCCAGAUACUAAUAGAUUUCCAAAUCCUUUGAUACGUUCACCAAUAGGAAUUCCAUCUCCUAGUGCCUUCCAUAGUAAUUUACCUCCUUCAAUUAAUAAAUUAUAUCAACGAUCUAGUUAUAUUCCACAAACUACUGGUUUUUCUCCUGUUUCACAACCUCCAACAGUUCAGAGAAUACCACCAAGCACUUAUUCUUCACCCAAAUCACCUAAAACUACCUCUUUAACAGCAAUUUCUCCUGCAUCAUACAACUUGGUCAAAUCUGAAACACAAACAAUUGCAACAUCUCUUGAGACUAAUAAUCUGCUUCUUCCAGAAAAUACAUCACAGGAAGAUGUCAGUGCAUUUAAUUUGUCUAAGACUGGAAAUUUUUGUAAUACAGAGACUGUUAAAAUAUCAACAGAAACAGUUCGAAAUUCUAAAUCAACUUCACUUUCUCCAAGUUCAAGUAUUGGACAGAAUAAAAACACAUUGAUUAUUAAUUCGAAGAAUAAAUUAGAAACAUCUUUAUUAGGUACUGGCGAUCAAGAUCAAAAUAAAGAACGAUUGGAAAAAGAAGUUACAAAAUGUAAAGAACAAAAUUUAUAUCUUUCAAAAGGACAAAAUUCAGAAAAAGGUCGAUUGGAUGAAAAUACUGACAAUGUAAAUACAAAGAAAGAAAAAUCAAUUUCUCAAAUUAAUGGAGAUCUCAUCAGUGAAAAUAAAAACGAAAUAGCAAUUGAUAAAGUUACAGAACAACAAAAUGAAAAAAAUGACACAAAGACGGUACAAAUAUCGGAAAAAAUUAUUGAAAAAGAAGAAAUAGAAGAACCCAAAAAUGAGAAGUGUGACAAAACCGAGGAACAACAGAACAAUUCUGAGACUCAAAAUAACAAAGCAAAAACAUAAAUUUUGUAUUAAACAAUUAUAUAUAUACAAAUUUAUGUUUUUGUAUUAAAAUAUUUGGAUAUUUUAUUUCAGAUAAAACAUUUUAUCAAAUUGUAAUUCUUUAUAUUUCCGAUAAA